AUGUAUCUUGAUGUGAACAGCGAUGAACUCCUCGGCUCUCCUCCCGUGGGAGAACUCAUCGAGCUUGUUGUCGACGUGGUUAAGGUUCAGCUGGAGCUGGAACUUAGGUUGGAUUAUGCGGACAAUGAUGAUUUUGAUGCCAAGGAUGUAAAUGAUGACGUGGAUGCAACAAGUGAUUUGGAUUAUGCGACACAGAGCCGGGGCAAGUGGUCGCACAAAUUCACCCAGUUACGGCGCAACUUAUUAACAACCUCGCCCCCGCUCUCCUUGCUACGUCAGCUGAAGCGCGUGCCGCGCCAACAGCAGCAGCAAAGAGGGGGCAUCAUCAGUGGCAGCGAUAAUCGCUUGGACACCUUUCAUGAGGCUGGCUAUCAAUCGGAUCAGCCGGUGGGCGCCAUAACCGCAGAGAAGCAACAGGCAGUGGGCACCCAGAAGAAUGUGCAAGAAAGCUUUCGCCAAUUCCAGGACAUGGACUACAAAAACAAUCAAAAUAUCAUGAGAAUUUUGGUGACGCUCCACAGGUCGAGCAUGGAAACGGAGCCGCUGUGCCGGUUGCCGCAGCCGCGGAUCAUCCGGAUGGACACGGAUCCGUCGAAUACGUAUUCGCCGCCAUUCACCAAGUUGCAUCGGUGCGACAAGAACAGCAGCUGCUGCUCCCACCUGGAGGUGUGGAGGGUGAAGAGCACGGCGAUCGUCGAGCUGCCGUUCUUCGUGUCGCCGAUGCAUGGUCGCAUCGGCCGCAACAUGAUGAUCCCGUUCAUCAAUCACACCGAAUGCCACUGCGCCAGUUCGACGCCUCAGCGCACGAAACGCAGCAACCUGUGCCAGUGCCCCAAGCACUUUACCAACUUUGGCCGCGAGCCCGACCAACCAAUUCGGGGCACAUUCGACCCAGUUGCCACAAGUUGCCGCUGCGAUUGCCACCUCAACGAUUCGACGUGUCAGCGCAUGAAGAACGGCGCCGAGGGAUUCGGUAUCGACGAGCUCAGGUGCAUUCGUAACCAGGAGUGCAGUCCGCCCAUUUGCACCUAUGGCGCCUUUAUCCUUGCCUCAGGACGCUGUCCGCGUGCGCCGCCUCGCCCCUUGGGAUUUGGCUAAAGCUCCACUAUGGUUGCAUGGAUGGAGGGAGACCUGCCUGCUGCCGUUGAAUACAAUCCAGAACUGUGUAAGCCCUUAAGUAAUUACUACACACACACACAGCCACAUGUACUACCUGCAAGAGAGGAGCAUCUUCAACCACUGUGCGGCACAGUGGAUACGCUGUUGACGUACUUAGAAGAAGCCAAUCAAUUAUCAAACACAAAUUACAGCAACAAUUUUUCUUAACUUAUGCUUAAGCUGACUUGCCUUGGGUAAACAAAAUAUUCUCGGAAUAUAUAUUUAAAAAUAUUUAGGUCACAAAA